AUGGAAGAAAUAGAGAGAGAAGUGAUCAAGCCUGCUACACCUUCAACUAAUGAUCGUCUUCAACUCUCCCUGCUGGAUCUCAUGAAUAGCCCAGCUAACGUGCCCGUGAUCUUCUUCUACGAAACUGAUGAUGAAGAUGUCGCGCCAGAGAUCAUCUCCGCGAAACUGAAGAGCUCACUGUUCCAGACUCUGUCGCGCUUCUAUCCACUCGCUGGACGAAGAGAAGGCAUCACCAUCAGCUGCAACGACGAAGGAGCCGUCUUCACUGAGGCACGCACCGAUCUCCUUCUCUGUGACUUUCUGAAAGACGUUAACGCUAGCUCCCUGGAGAGAUUUUACCCGACAAUGGCCCCUGGAGAUUCUCCCACGGAGUGGCCUUUGUUGAGGGUCAAGGUUACUUUGUUCGGAUCGAGAUCUGGAGUGGCGGUCUCAGUCUCUGCCUCUCAUAGCAUCUGCGACGCAACCUCACUGCUGACCUUCAUCACGGACUGGGCCACGACCACCGUGAAAGGGAGGAUGUCCUCAAAUAAUAAUAAUAAUAAUAAUAAUACGAUUCAUUUUGCUGAGACGACCAUUUACCCUCCUCCUGAUAUCUCCUUUUUACGGUCCCUACCUACUGCCGGUCCACCGGGGAAGUGUGUAAUGAAUAGGUUUGUUUUCGAAUCUUAUAAGAUCGAAGAGCUGAAACGCAAGGUCGAAGGAGCAGGUGUUCCCGCACCUACACGUGUGGAAGCUAUCAUGUCACUUGUUUGGACAUGCACCAGAAAUGCCUGGCACUCUAACUUGGUGUCUCCAAGGUCAACGUUAAUGCUUCAACCAAUGGAUUUGCGCUCUAGGGUCCCUUCUACGGAUGUUUUCUCCAUCGGAAACCUACAGACAAUGUUCCUUCUUAAGAGAGGCGUGGAAAGCAGCAGCAGUUUCGACUUGGAAAUAUAUGAAACCAUUGCCGAAUUUUGCAAGGCCAAAGAAUCAGUCAACGAGAUGAUUAAAGAGAAUCUCCAAGGCAACACACUUGGUCAGUCUUUAAUGCGUGUCAUUGGAGAUUUCGCGUCAAGUCUCACGCCAGAGACAGACUUGUACUCAAUGACUAGCUGGUGUAGAAAGCCUUUCUACAAAGUUGACUUUGGAUGGGGUACUCCUGCAUGGGUUGGAUCUACCUCGACAUAUAACAACGUUGCAUAUGUCUGCCUCAUUGACUCGAAGCAUGGAUAA